AUGGACUCAUUUCUUUACGGUUUCUCAGUUAAUAAGUAACAGCUGAUGUCAGAACAUGGUGUCAUCAGAGCUGUGGUUCUGCAUUCUUUCCGUUCAGAAGGGGGGGACAAGAGGAGGGUGAAGGGAGGGAAGGAAGAGGGUGUAGGAGGAAAAGGAAGAACUAGAACUAGUUCUAGUUCACAGCUAGAACUAGAGCUACUCCAAAGCCUACACGUAACUAAUUCCCAUGGUGUUCCUUAUUUUCCCGUAUUUUUUUUAGUGGACAUUGCAAAAUUCACUUUAAAUUUUACUUUAUUUCUAUAAGGUAAGCAGAUUGGGAGCACUAAAAAAAACAAAACACUGGCUCUGCUCCAUGCUGUGGUGGUAGUACAGACACUCUUUUGGCAGGAAGUAUUGAUAAGUUUCUGGACUAAAGCAAAAGUAGGGAAUUAAAAGUUAACACCAAAAUUGAAACAAAGCCACGUUUUGUGAAGCGCACACUAGUAGCAGUCCAUUGGAUCAAAGGAUAUGAUCUCACUUCACAGUAAAACAGGUCUUGCAAGCCCAGGUAACUCAGGAAGCAGAAUGGUAAUUAUUCACAGAAGAAAGCAGGUAGUAUACUGUUACACGAAUACAGGGGAAAGUCAGAAGGUCACCGGCUGCAGGGGAACUGACACAGUUGAAGCUGCUUGGCCCCCUUUAAACAGAAGUAGUAAAAUGGGAGAGAAUGAAGCAAGUUUACCUAAUACUGCUUUGCAAGGUAAAAAAAUGGCCUAUCAGAAGGUCAGUGCUGAUCAAAGAGCUCCAGGACAUUCACAGUACUUAGACAAUGAUGACCUCCAAGCCACUGCACUUGACUUAGAGUGGGACAUGGAAAAGGAACUGGAGGAGCCUGGUUUUGACCAGUUCCAGCUAAAUAGUGCUGAGCAUCAGAACCUGGAAAAUUCAGAGACUGCAGACCUCAAUCUUGAUCCCAUUCAACCAGCAACUUCACCCAAAGGAAGGUUUCAGAGACUUCAAGAAGAAUCUGACUAUGUGACCCAUUAUACAAGAUCUGCACCAAAGAGCAACUCCUGCAACUUUUGCCGCCUUUUAAAAAUAUUUUGCGCGGCAAUCGUUUUAUUUAUUUCUGGAAUCUUGAUAGGCUAUUACUCACGUAAAAAUUGCCCGUCAAGUGCUACAUCUUCAGGAACACUUGAUCUUCAGUUAUACCAGGAGAUUCUCAAGACAAUCCAAGCAGAAGAUAUUAAGAAGUCUUUCAGAAAUUUGGUACAGCUGUACAAAAGUGAAGAUGACACGGAAAUUUCAAAGAAGAUUAAGACUCAGUGGGCUACUUUGGGCCUAGAAGAUGUACAGCUUGUAAAUUACUCUGUGUUGCUGAACCUGCCAGGUCUUUCUCCCAGCUCUGUGACUCUGAUCAGCAGUGGCCAGUGCUUUCAUCCUAAUGGCCAGCCUUGCGGUGAAGAAGCCAGAAAACAGAGCAGCCAAGACCUGCUAUAUUCAUAUGCAGCCUAUUCUGCCAAUGGAAUUCUCGAGGCUGAAGUCAUUGAUGUGAGUUAUGGAAAUGCAGAUGACUUAAAGCGGAUUAAAAAAGUGAAAAAUGUCACAAAUCGGAUUGCACUCUUGAAAUUAGGAAAAUUGCCACUACUUUAUAAGCUUUCCUUAUUGGAAAAGACUGGAUUUGGAGGUGUUCUUCUAUAUAUUGAUCCUUGUGAUUUACCAAAGACUGCAAAUCUUAGCUAUAAUACCUUCAUGGUGUCACUGAAUCCAGGAGGAGACCCUUCUACACCCGGUUAUCCAAGUAUUGAUGGAAGCUUUAGACAAAACCGAUCAAACCUCACCUCUCUACUAGUGCAGCCCAUCUCAGCAUCUCUUGUUGCAAAACUCAUCUCUUUGCCAAAGGAUAGGACCACAAACGGUGCCUGUAGCCCUCUAGAACUUCCAAAUAAUGAGGAAAGAAUUGUCAACAUGAAAAUUCAAACAGUCACAAAAUUUAAAACAGUUACUAAUGUUGUUGGAUAUUUAAAGGGUUUGACAUUUCCAGACCGUUAUGUCAUAGUUGGCAGCCAUCAUCACACGGCUCACAGUUAUAAUAGACAAGAAUGGGCCAGCAGCACGGCCAUCAUCACAACUUUUAUCCGGGCCUUGAUGUUACGAGUUAAGAGAGGGUGGAGACCAGACCGUACUAUCGUUUUCUGCUCAUGGGGAGGAACAGCUUUUGGAAAUAUUGGCUCCUAUGAAUGGGGAGAGGAUUUCAAGAAGGUUCUGCAGAGAAAUGUUGUGGCUUACAUUAGUGUCCACAGUCCCGUAAGGGGUAACUCAAGUCUCCACUCUGUUGCUUCACCAUCUCUUCAGCAACUGGUAGCUGAGAAAAAUAAGUUCAAUUGUCCCAGAAAAGGCCAGUGCCCGGAAACGAAUAUCAGUUCUGAGCAGAUGCAGGAUGAUGCUGAUUAUUUCAUCAACCAUCUUGGAGUUCCCACCGUGAGGUUUACUUAUGAGGACAUCAAAACAUUAGAGGGUCCAAGUUUUCUCUCUGAGGCUCUUUUUCCUAAACAUGCAACAAAAAUUGAAGAAAUGGAUCCUUUUUUCAAUCUUCAUGAGACCAUUACCAAGCUCUCAGGAGAAGUGAUUUUGCAAAUUGCCAAUGAACCAGUUCUGCCCUUUAAUGCUCUCGAUAUAGCUUUAGAAGUUCAAAACAGCCUUAAAGGUGACCAAACCAACACCCCUCAACUGCUAGCCCUGGCCUCACGCCUGCGGGAGAGUGCUGAAUUCUUUCAGUCAGAUGAGAUGCGUCCUGCUAAUGACCCCAAGGAAAGAGCUCCCAUCCGUGUGCGGAUGCUGAAUGACAUUCUCCAGGAUAUGGAGAAGAGCUUCCUAGUGCAGCAUGCACCCCCAGGGUUUUACAGAAAUAUCCUAUACCACCUUGAUGGGAAGACAAGCCAGUUUUCAAUACUCCUGGAGGCUUGGGAGCGCUGCAAGUCACUUGCAUCAAAUGAGACCCUUCAAGAAGCCCUGUCAGAGGUGUUGAAUAGCAUUAAUGCAGCUCAGGUUUACUUCAAAGCAGGACUUGAUGUGUUCGAGAGUGUCUUAGUUGGAAAGAACUGAGAAAACUCUCAGCAUUUUAAAAAGUUUGUUUACAAUUCCUCAAGAAAAAGCUCUAAUCUCACCAGAUUUUCUGACAUGGAAGACUUUUUCCCCUCAAUGGCUUUUUAUAUAAGUAUAAAGCUAUUCUUCCUUUGUAUUUUUUGAUGUACGUGUAAAAAGAGCAUUUUGCACAUUUAAUAUUUUUCUUAUAUCUAGAUUUCUGAUUAUGUAAAAGCAAGUUAUUGAAAAUAAUACUUAAGAUUUAUCUAUUAAAAAGAAAUCUGCUGUAUUUUUCUAUAUAUAUAUAUAUAAAAUAUUUGGGGAAAAAAUUUCAAAGACGUUCUGGACAGUCUUUGUUCCUAUGGAUAAAACAUGUAGGAAUAGAAAUGAUUACCUGUGUUAGAGCUUUAAUGACCUAGCUUCUGUAAUAGAAAUGGACAGUUGAUAUGGUUUCAGAUUAACUUUCACUAUCAAAUAUUCAAUAUGAACAACAAGUAUUCUGACUGAGUGAUUGGUUGACGAAAACCACUUUGAAUGUGUCUGUUUUAUGAAAUGAAGUGCCUGUUUAUAACACAACUAGAUGUAGUAAUACACUGGUUAUGAAAAUGUAUUUUUUUAAGUAUUAAUUAAAAAAAAAGAGCCAUAAACAUUCCAGGGGAAAAUCGCAAGGUAGCUGCACAGAGCAAUUUAAUUGUCAAUUUUUUUCCUAACCACUUAUAAGGUGACUAGCUUUGAAACCCCUAAUUUGUCUCAGUUGAUUUUGUAAAAAUUUCAGGAGUGAUAUAUGUCUUAUGAGGGAGAAAAUAUGUAUUUCUUCCUGUGUUGUUUCUGUUGGAAGCACUGAAAUAGAGCUACUUUAAAAUGAAAGCAUCUCACUUUGCUCCUCAUUCAUGUAUCUUUUCUGAAACUCCUUUCUGAAAGGCAGUUUUCUCAGAAUACCAUAUAAUUUCCACAGGAAAGUAGCAAAGUUUCUCUUUGAAAACCCAAAAUAUCUUAAAAAGUAUCAAAUUGCUAUUUCUGCCACUAGCAAAAAGGACUUCUGAUGAAUGAAAUAGUUGUUUUGAUCAACAAAAAAGCUCCUUAAUUCUAUGAAAAACCUUUUUUUUCCUUCUCUAUCCUUACUUUUGAUUGACAUGACAACACAUAAUAUAUUCAUGCUUCUACUUUUAGGCAGAAAAUACUUUAUUACUUUAAGAGUGUAUCUUUCCCAUGCUUCAGUUCCUCUCUCAUGUUGAAAAUGAAGCUUUUCAUCCUAAGGCCACUGAAUGGCCUUAGUAUCCACUAUUCCCCAAACCACAGAAUCCCAUUAAGUGUUUAAACUCUGAGCUUACCUUUAGAAAUUGAUUUAGUAUUGGAUAAAGCAAUUUCUCUAAGGAAGCAUAUCUUCAGAGUAUUUCAUGUGGAUUAUUUUUCUCUAACACAACAUUCAAACACAUGUCCCUAUCACACACCUCCAAAGCAACUUCACAAAUAGUGCCUAUAGGUCUAAAUCUUUUAUGUGUAUGAAUGAACAUACACCUAAUCUUAGUUUAAAGGAAAACUGAUGUUAAAGGGAAAGAAUUGUCAGCAUUGAUUAACUGAUUUAUAAGGGUCAGCUGUUCUUACUAUAAGUAAUGUUUAUGUGCUCAAGGCAAAGAAGAGAAUUGAAGCAAUUAGCUAGAUAAUUCAAGCAGAAACUCAGUUUCAAUGAAUUGUUUGUGUGCACAUAUUUUACAUAAGAAAGGAAACUGCCUUACAAUAUAUAUUUCUAACCAAUGCAUGUGUUUGUCUGAAAGUAUUUGCCAUGUUGAGAAGUGGCUACAGGAAGGGGCUAAAGAACCAAACUCCCACAUGCCUUGGUGUCAGUACCCUCUCUCCUUCCACAGAAAAAGAGGAGAAAAGAGGCAAGAGGAAUACACAUACAGAUUGGGGUCAGGUCAAAUAAUAGAAUCCCUGUACCAAAGGAUCAGAAAUAGUGAAUUAAAUUUCAGUGUGUUCAUUUUAAUUCUUCCUUUGGAGCUGGGUUUAAAAUAGACAAAGACAAAUAAUUAUUGAUUUGGUAGUUUAUCAUUUUAGAACAAAAUCCUAAGUAAAUUCACUCCUUUAGACUCCAAUAGAGUUGAGAACAUGAAUAUUUGUGUUUGCACAUUUUUGUUGAAAGAUUGUGUAUUUAGCUAACCCACAUUGCACAGAUCAAAGUCUCAAUAUUCUGUACUUAUUACUUCUAAAUCAUAUGAUAUUUGAUACUCAGAAACUGAAGUUAAUUAUUGACAAACAUGUUUUUAUUAGCCUAUUUAAGAGAUUAUGUUAAGAAACUGAAUUAUAAUUGAAACAGAUAUCCACCAGUUCUAUAAAUGCUGCUCAUCUUUGACUGAAACGAACCUCUUAACUAGAAACAUUACUGCUAUAGUCUGAUUACCUCAGGGUUCCUUGAAAUUUAUGUCAUUUAAAUUUUCCCCUAAUGAUCCAAGUAAAUAAAAUCCUAUGCAAGUUAUUAAUAAGUAUUUUCAGUGAAUUGGUAGUUAGGUUAAAUUGCUGCUGAAAUAUCUGGGUGCCUGGUACUUCUCACCACCCUUCAUACAUAGCAUUGUGCCAGUCCAUAAUGAAUCAUAAAUGAUUAUUCCCCCAAGAAAAGGUGGCAGAUGUGGACCACUGCAAUUUGGGUUCAGGCAGGGUACACCUGGAAUACCACUCUUUGUAAAAAAGUACAGAGUCCAGAGUCAAAAAAAAAAGCCUAAGACACUCUGAUUCAAGUCUGAGACUGUUACCUUCAGUCAGGGGAAGCAUCAGCACCCCCACCAGAUACAGUAACUGCAGGCAAAGUGGUCAAGGAAUUGGGGGAGAGUCACAGUUUUAGUUAAUAGCAGAAGGGCUGCUAAAAUUUAAGCUUGUUUGUUUUCUCAUGUAACAGAGUUCUAAAUGGUCUUUUCCAUUAUAUUCUAGGUAACUAGUCAUUAUGUCAGAUGCUGGAUGGGCUGGAAGCACUGCUUUUUCAAUUAGGGACCAGUUCAUUCUCUCAAUAUACCUAAUGAGUAGAACUGUCCUAGGGAGUUCACGCAAACGGCACAAGCCUGUGUACUUGUGGGAAAGUAGAGAGAGUCUCUACAUGACACCAGUGCUCAGGAAGAAGGGUAUUAAGCAAAAUACUUUUAUAAGAGAGCAUUUCCCCUACAUUAAAUUGGCAGUUUAAAUCUGUAUUUCUCAAAAUGUGGUUUUUGGGGAAGGGAGCCUAGGAAUCUAUAUUUUUAGCAAGAUUUCCCAAGUGAUCCUUAUGCUUAAUGAUUUCUCAUCUACAUCAAUAAUCCUGGGUCCUCCUGAGAAAACAUCAUGUGGCAACAUACUAAAAAAAUUGAAGGGUCACAAUAAUAGGAGAUACUUCUAGCUUUGCUAAUAAUGGCAUUUUAAAGAAAGAGAGAGUAACCAUUGUAUUUCUCAAAAAAGGCCCCAGAUGAAUCUAAGUCUGUGCCUGCUACAAGUCAGGCACAUUUCUCAAUUUAAUGUACUUUUUUUUUUUCUAUUUGACUCCUCAUGCCAACUUAUUUUAAAAGAUGAGGAAAUUUAGUUGAGUGACUGCCCAAGUUCCAUAGCUAAUAAGGAUGAUUGAUGUAUGUGUCUCUGCUGGGCCCCCUGGGUUCCAGACCUGUGUUCUUCAUGCUGGGUGUCACAGAAAGUUAAGAAUCAGUUACAGAAAGUGACAUUAUUGAAAUUUUUAAUGUAUUACUGCACAACUGAUCAGACUAUGUCAUCUGCCACUUCACUGGUUGAACUAAGGUGUCUGAAGAAACCAACAACAUUAUUCCUCAUGAUGGUAGCCCACCCCAACAAUGGUGGACAUAUGUAGGCAAAUUAGAAGAUAAGUAAAUAAGAGCACAAAAAUAAGUAGGUAAAUAAGAGCACAAAAAUAAGUCUACCAUUGUAGAAUAUCAUGACAACUAGAUGACAGGGGAAGACCAAGUGCUGGGACUUACAACCUCAGUUUUGUAUCAUACUUAAAUCUCAGAAUAACUAAUUGACUUUAUUUUAAAUUACAUGUACUUUUUAAAUGCAUAGCAUACAAUAGGUUUCCCCAUUGCAAAGAUAGGUGUUACGAAAAUAAAAUUUGUUACCAUCAGCAUCUUUUGUUACAAUCAGCAUCUUUGCCUGAAAUGAAAAACUAUUUUCGUAGUUGGUAGACCUCGCCAAAAGUGUCCUCAUGAGACAUUCUGUGGUAUGUGUGAUUAAUUACUCCAAAAACUAAACUUUUUCAUUGAUAUUGCAUUGUCAUCUGGUUUAAAGGUUUAAACCAGAAUGGUUAAAGGACCAUUUAAAUGUGUCUUCACUACAAGUUCCCUCGAUAGAAUUAUAUUUUAAACUGCCAAUCCAUGUGUUGAGUGGAAGGCAAAUGGGUCUAUACAUCCCAAAAGAUAGAUCAGCAACCUAACAGUUCCAUUACAGGAGCAUGGAUGCAACACAGGAGAAAAAAUAGACAUAUGAUAUUUGAGCAAAGAAAUAUUCUGCCUAGGUGCACUAGUAAAUUUGUAUUUCUUGCUUGAGUUUAUAUUGCUAGCUUAAAAAAGACUCAUUAGAAUUGCUUUAGAAAGAACUUAAACUUCCAAGAGUUUUAAGCACCCCAUCAAGUGUAAAUGCUUUUCAGUUAAGUGGGUUUAUCUUAUGCAGUUUAGAAUUUCAAGUGAGGUAAAUUUAAAAGAGGAGUUGCAAAAGAAAAUUUUUAAACGUAACCUAUUUUGGUCACCACAAUGCUCACUCAGUUCUGUUUUCCCUUUUUAGAUAUACUCUAGCAAUGGGAUCAGGCUUUUUUUUUUUUAACUAUGAGAAAGUAAUUUUAGUAUCUAGUCUUUUCAAUGUACAUUUAUCUGUUAAUCAACCAGAAUUUUAUUUCCAUAAUAUCAUUCCAUUAUCCUUCAAAGAUGUACACUGAAGUGCCUUGAGCACUCCUGGGGCCAUCAAGAAUCUUCAGAGCUGGCUGAUUGUGAGAUGGCAUAUUUCUUAAAGACAUUUAGAAUCUCAUAUUCAAGUGGUAUCUGAAUUUACAAGGCAAAGGAUUAAAUUGAGACACUUUCAGGUAGCAUUCAAGAAAAAGCUACUUCAAAUUUUAAUAUGUUCUGGUUAGAUUAUUUUGUAUUUGAAUUAAAAUAGUUAUGCAAUGUUGUAAAGUAAAAUAAAUAAAUUUUUAAAAAAGUUAUGCAGUUUUGUAUAACCAAAAUGGCAAUUUUGAUUUUUUUUAGGCAAAAUACAAUCAUCAAGGCCAAAGAAAUGUAUGACUACUCUAAUUUCUUAAGAAGGCUCUGUCAAGAAUUAACUCAGCUAAUUGCAGUUGAUUCUAGAUGCAGAGCCUACAUCUAGACAAAGCUCUAAUAUGUGUAGGCAGAACCUAACAACAUUCUUUCGAAUCCCUUUGAUGUCUUAAGCCAAUAAGCACUGAAGUAGCUUUUCUCAGAAGAAAGCAGAUUUUAUUUUCCAGGGGCUAAUUAAUAUGCACCACCUCAGUCCCAAAAGGAUCACACAGGUGCCUGUACCAUGCCAUAUGUCAUGUGCUAUAUUCCAGCAAGCUCAAGAGAUUAAUAUACAAUCAUUAUUAUGAAUUAUUAUGUUGUAUCGAAGUUAAUGUUGGUCUUUUGUUCUAAUUAAAGUACAAACUUGGCAUUGGAACAGAAGCUUAGCUACAGAAAUGAAGUUAGAGUCUCUAUUUUAAUGAACUAAAUCUUUUUUUCAAUCAAAAUGUGUAAUUAUUUAAUUAUCUGGCCUGCUCAGUAAGUUUAGCUCUCUAAUUUGUUCAAAGACUAUUUAUUCAACAUAAUAAUAACACAGGUGGACACUCCUUGGAGUGUUUUAUCUUCUGAAAUUGUUAGCCAUUGUUAAAUCAUGCUUUCAGUAUAUGUGAUAGUAUUUUAUUAAUGUUGACUUGUCUACCUUUUAUAUCAAGCUGCUGCAAGUGACCACCUUAUUCUGAAAGUCAGAGAAAAUGCUAUUUCUCUAUAAAGACAAAUUUGUCAUACCCAUUUAAUAAGAAACAACAUAUUUUACUACACUAUUGCAAUUUGUCUGCAGUAAACAAAGUGCCCAGAUUGUUAAGUGUAGCUCACAUAAUUAUAUUCCAAAGAUGUUAUACAUAAUUCCAAUUAGAAGCUGAGAUAGGACUCUAUUAGGUGAUUUUGUAUUUACAUUUCACAUAGGAAGGUUUAAUGGCAAAUAUUUCCCACAUAUUCAGACUUGCUACUUGUAGAAUAUGAAUGCAGUUGUAUUCAGAAAAGAAAAAAAGCUUUCUAAGACACUUUAAGGGGCUAAUUUGCUUUUAUAGACAUCUAGAAAAAUCAGCACAUCAUUGAUGAUAGCUUUAUAUGUGUUUGGAAUGUUAAUAUGGAACAUGAAAUAGUUUCAGCCAUGUCAUCAGUAUAGCAGUAUUUAGACAUAUGAAAUUUUAUAAUGAGUAAAAUUUCUUAAUUGUAUAAUAAAAAAUAAUAAAAAUAAAUAAAAAAUAUAGCCUUAAAAGAAUGGUGACAAGCAGAAUAUUUACAAAGAUUUAGAAAUUAACUUUGGGUAAAAUUGGAGCACAAUUUCUUCAUUUAAAUUUGUUUGAUUAAAAAAUAAAUCUCUCUCAAGGGGUGCCCCAAUUAUUAAAUUGCACUGAACUGUUACAGUGUUGAAUAUUAUUCAGAGUAGAUUACAUCUGUGAUUUGGAAAUGUUUUCAUUGUAAAGAAAUUAAUUAUUAGUGUCUUUGUUGUGACUGAUUUUGGAUGAUUGAUUUAGAGGCAUGUGUCUCUAAUUUCUUAAUUACUAUAUAGGAUUGAAUGCCUAAUUUCUAUAAUAUGUGGAUGUCCACCAAGAAUCUAGUGCUUUUUAUAUUUAACCCAAUUGUGAUUUUAUUUUACAACAUUUUAUGUACUAUUCACAUGACUUGAUAUAUGGUUUACUUAGAAAAGUAUGUUGUGAUUUGGAGUGACAAAAAAAUGGAUUGGUACAUCAUAUCCAUUAAGAAUACAGGUAAAUAUUUUAUAUUUUAGUUGUUUAAAUAUUUGCACAUAGUUGAAUACUAUGAAAUGAAGGCAUCUAUUAAGGAAUAUUUUCUGAUUCAUAAAUGUAAUGUGUAUGUGCAGUGACACAGUAAUAUUUAAAAUGCCCAUUUACAAAUAUUAAAUACAGGUGAAAAUCAUUGUUAUACUGUGUUUUGUUAUAAAUAUACAAAAUGAAUUAGUUGUUAGUCUGUAUUA